GUUUUUCUAAUGUCACGUGGGACGUCCCACUUCCUUUUCCCGUUCUGAAGCGAGGAGAAACGAGAUUCAAGGCAAAAUGGAGGACCGUGAUAUCAAGGAACCAGAACAGCUGAGAAAACUGUUCAUUGGUGGCUUGAGCUUUGAAACCACUGAUGAGAGUCUGAGAGAGCACUUUGAACAAUGGGGGAAGCUCACAGAUUGCGUGGUAAUGCGAGAUCCAUUAAAUAAACGAUCCAGAGGGUUUGGGUUUGUAACUUACUCCUGUGCAACAGAGGUGGAUGCUGCCAUGGAGGCCCGCCCACACAAGGUUGACGGGCGGGUUGUAGAACCAAAGAGAGCAGUGUCUAGAGAGGAUUCUGCAAGGCCUGGUGCCCAUUUAACAGUGAAAAAAAUAUUUGUUGGUGGGAUCAAGGAAGAUACAGAAGAAUGUCACCUGAGGGACUACUUCGAAAAAUAUGGAAAGAUCGAAAGUAUUGAAGUUAUGGAAGAACGACAGACGGGAAAAAAAAGAGGAUUUGGAUUUGUCACCUUUGACGAUCAUGACACCGUUGACAAAAUAGUUGCUCAGAAAUACCACACAAUAAAUUCACACAACUGCGAAGUCAGGAAAGCACUCUCAAAACAAGAGAUGCAGUCUGCUGGUAAUCGGAGAAGCCGAGAUGGGGGACCUGGCAAUUUUAUGGGUAGAGGUGGAAAUUUUGGAGGUGGAGGCAACUAUAGCCGGGGUGGAAACUUCUCAGGUAGCGGAGGCUAUGGAAGUGGUAGUGGUGGUUAUGGUGGCGAUGGUGGAUACAACGGGUUUGGUGGCGAUGGAAACUAUGGCGGUGGCUCUGGCUAUGGAGGUGGCUACGGAGGUGGUCGUGGAGGGUAUGGAGGUGGCAGUGGAUAUGGCAACCAAGGUGGUGGAUUUGGCGGAUACGACAAUUACAAUGAAGGAGGAAACUAUGGCGGCGGCGGUGGUGGAAACUACAAUGACUUUGGAAACUACAGCGGGCAGCAGUCGAAUUACGGACCCAUGAAAGGGGGCAACUUUGGAAGGAGCUCGGGUGGACCUUACGGCGGCAACUAUGGCUCUGGAGGUGGCUCUGGUGGAUACGGUACGAGGAGAUAUUAAUUUUUUGUAGAAUUGGCUACAGUUCUUAGCAGGAGAGGAGAUGAGCAAGGAGUUGUCAGGAAAGCUGCAGGUUACUAUGAGGCAGUCGUCCAAGUGCAUUAGAGGAACAGCAAAGUUACUGCAGCUUAAACAGGAGAACAAUUCUUGUUGAGGACUGUAUCCACUAGCUACAGACUGCAGAAGUGUAGCUACUAAUGAAAUACAGUGUCUAUUAGAUGUACAUUCCUGAGGUCUUAUUUGUUGCUAGAUUUUAUUUUACUUUUUGUUUUUUUGCAAGUAUAUGCCCAUGUAAACUGUGGUAGUGGUACCAGGAAUAAAAACAAGGAACCUUUUUUAACUAAAA